GGGAAAGUGAAUAUGACUGAAUUGCUGGGGAGUGUGAUGAAAACACGGAGACCAUCUCGAGCUGAUAUGGGUCAGGUAAAUGUCCACGAUCUAGAUGGUGUUUUGGCCAACAUGGGGAUUUACCUAACAGAUAACGAAGUUCAGCAAGCUUUGGAAUAUGCAGCUGUAGAUGAGGAUGGUAAAGUCAACCUAAAUGACUUUGUGAAGGGGGUGAAGACAAUACCACUUAUAGCAGGGGCAGAAGGGUACCCAGGAAAGCAGUAA